AUGCUUGAAUCUCCAACCCACAUCUCUAGUAAGAAAUUAAAAAAUUGCUUGACUGAGAAAACUAUAUGGUACAGCAGAUUGAAAAUGUCCAGUACAUCGCGAUUGAUAACUGUUGGCAUUCUGCUAGCUCUGGUGGCUGUAGCCGCUGGUAUUAAAUGCUGGCAAUGUGGCCAAUACAGUGAUGGAGUUGGUUCCAUCACCCCUUGCAAUAAUAGAAGUGCAGCUCGACUGAACCAGUGUCCUCCUGAUUCGAAAUAUUGUAUCAAAUACGUAAGCGAGCUCACCGUUGUCCGGGAUUGCGUGCCGACCUGCAGUGAAAAAGAAUGGUGGGGUGCGCGCACGUUUUGCUGUGACACUGACGAGUGUAAUGGCGCUAUCAUACGGAGUCCAGUAAUCGCGCUGAUCACCACAGCGAUCGUAAUUGCGUUUGCGCGCUGA